AUGGUUCGCGGAGUGGUGACGAUGGAACGCAUCGAGACGUUCUCGGCAGCUCAUCGGCUUCAUUCCAGCCAGUUGAGUGUCGAAGAAAAUCAGAACAUCUACGGAAAGUGCAACAAUCCGAAUGGACACGGACAUAAUUACGUAUGGAGGGUGAAACUUCGAGGAAUUCCUGACCCUGUUACGGGAAUGGUAUACGAUCUAAGUGAACUGAAAAAGAGUAUGAAGGCUGUUCUCGACACCGUCGAUCACAAAAAUCUCGACAAGGACGUGGAAUGGUUUCAACAUAACGUAAGCACUACAGAAAAUGUCGCCAUCUAUUUAUGGGAGAAAUUACGUGUACAAAUGAAAACGCCAAAAGUUCUUUAUAAGGUGACCGUAGAAGAAACACCGAAGAAUAUUUUCUCCUAUAAAGGAGAAAUAUAG